GCCGCGGGCAGCGGGGCUGCCGCAGACGGCGGGGAGCGGCGGGAGUUGUCGGUGGCCGCUCGUUGGGGCGGGACUGCAGGUGAGGGGAGGGUGAGCCCCUUCUCUUUAGGGCUUAAGGGGCAGGCGGGUCUCUCCUCCCUCCUAGCGGUGCAGGGCUUGAGGGGCUGUGGGGCGGGGGGUGUUCGCUGUCCGCUGCCCCGCCGCUGGGUCCGUCAGGCGCCGGGCGCUCAGCAGUGUUCUCGCUCCGGCCUCGGGCUCCCCGUGACUGCCCCGCUGCCUUGUUUCUGGAACCCUUCGCAGCAGGGUUGCCGGGCUACAUCUGAUGGUAGGUGGAUCCAGACGGUGACAAUUCUACCAAAAGUUGGCAAUUACCUUAAGUUGGAAGAAAAAGUGACUUUGGCUCAAAAUGAGUGCAAUGUUGGAAACCCCCGAGCUGCCGGCAGUGUUUGAUGGGGUGAAGCUGGCUGCAGUUGCUGCUGUUCUCUAUGUUAUUGUUCGCUGCUUGAAUUUAAAAAGCCCAACUGCCCCUCCUGAACUCAUCUACCAGGACUCUGAUUUGGCCCGCUUUCUGCUCAAAUCCUGCCCACUUUUGACCAAAGAGUACAUUCCACCCUUGAUCUGGGGAAAGAGUGGGCAUAUCCAGACUGCCCUUUAUGGAAAAAUGGGGAGAGUGAGAUCACCGCAUCCGUACGGACUUCGCAAGUACCUCACGAUGCCAGAUGGAGCCACUGCCACCUUUGAUCUCUUCGAGCCACAGUCUGAGCACUGCACUGGAGAGGAUGUCACGAUGGUGAUCUGCCCUGGGAUUGCUAACCACAGUGAAAAGCAGUACAUCCGCACCUUUGUUGACUAUGCCCAAAAAAAUGGGUACAGAUGUGCUGUCCUGAAUCACCUGGGAGCUUUACCAAACAUUGAGCUCACUUCUGCUCGAAUGUUCACAUACGGUUGCACCUGGGAAUUUAGUGCCAUGGUUAAUUACAUCAAGAAGACCUACCCUCAGACCCAGCUGGUUGUUGUGGGCUUCAGCCUUGGUGGAAACAUUGUCUGCAAAUACGUGGGAGAGAGCCAGGCCAACCAGGAACGAGUCCUGUGCUGUGUCAGUGUGUGCCAGGGGUACAGUGCUCUCAGGGCACAGGAAACCUUCAUGCAGUGGGAUCACUGUAGAAGAUUUUAUAACUUCCUCAUGGCAGACAACAUGAAGAAGAUCAUCCUUUCUCACAGGCAAGUUCUUUUUGGAGAUAACAACAUGAAGAAACCACAAAACCUGUCAGAUGCAGAUCUGAGCAAACUCUAUACAGCAACAUCCCUUAUGCAGAUUGAUGAUAACGUUAUGAGGAAGUUCCAUGGUUACAGUUCCCUGAAGGAAUACUAUGAAAAAGAAAGCUGCCUGCAUUAUUUGCACAAGAUCUAUGUUCCUCUUCUGUUGGUUAAUGCUGCUGAUGACCCUCUUGUGCACGAGAGUCUUCUAUCAAUUCCAAGAGCUCUCUCAGAGAAACGGGAAAAUGUGAUGCAUGUGCUGCCCCUUCAUGGAGGCCACCUGGGAUUUUUUGAAGGGUCUGUGCUAUUCCCAGAACCUCUUACCUGGAUGGAUAAGCUUGUGGUGCAGUAUGCCAAUGCCAUCUGCCAGUGGGAGAAGACAAAGUCUCACUGCUCAGACACAGAGCAGGCUGUAUCUGGCCAAGAAUAAUUAACCCAAAGACUCUGGGUCAGUUUAGUAUAUUUCCCCCUUUGGGAACAUCUUGUUCCCUUACCUGCUGCUUCAGGUUUCCAUUUUCCUAGAUAUCCUAUGGCUGGGGUUUGAUCACAAUGUUUUCUUCCAAAGUGGAGUUAAAGCAGAGGUUGAUACCAGGUCAGAGCAUCUUUGUAUAUAGCCAAUUGGGUUUGAAAUUUACUGCUUUGCUUGAGGAGUUAGGUUGCUGACUGUGACUUGUUACAGGGUUAUUGAGCUAAAGACAGCUUGCUUUAUUACAGCAGAAGUUUCAAAUGUCAAAAGUCCUUUCACCUGCUGGUCAAAAACUUGAUCUGCAGCAUUUGUUUGGGUGUAGAUGCCAGAGUAACUAUGACUCUGUUCUUCUCUGUCCUGGUGGAAAAAGUCUGUACCAAGCCACAAGCAGUUAGUAGCUCAGUCUGUAAGCUGUUAAAAUGUGAUUUGGAAAAACAGAUGCUCAACUGCCAGUGGAGGAGUGGAGUUCCAGCCUAGCACCAUCUCAAGGGAGCUUUUUUUGCUUCCUAGGAAUGCACUUACACAAGUCAAUCAAUUUAAAAAUACUUAACUUCCAUGCUACAGCUAUCUGUAGGUUGGGGUGUCUUUAUGCUGGGACUCCAGGCAUAGAAAAGCUGCAGGCUGGUUAUAGCAGUUAAUGUUUUUAUGUGAAUAUGUUCUGUUACACCAAGAGCAGAUCAGUCACCUUCUUGCCACCUUUGCCUCUUUUAAAUGUAGUCAUCUUAUUAGUACUUUUUUUUUUCUUUGACCCAGGGCUUUUUAAAGCUGGAUCUGGCUUCCAAAGUGAAACUAGUGAUUAAGAAUCUGCAGGAUCUUUCUUUGAGAAAAACUUGGUCUUAAGAAUAUUUAAUAUAAUUAUGUACUCUGCUAGGGAUUCACUUGUUGAGGAGGAAGGUAUCUAUUUAGAUUUACUCCCCUUAUGUCAGUGUAAAUCAUACCAAAAUUCUUCCCUGUAGCUUUCAAAGCAUCACUGGUUUUCAGACACAUGAUUUGCCUUACAGUUGAUGGGGAACUGGAUGUCUCUAGCCCUGUGCUACUAAAAUGGUGUCUUUGUGUGGCUAACUACUUCUAGGUCAAUGUAAAUGCUGUAGGAUUACUGGCUCCAGAAAGACACAGGGCUCUUCCUCUCUUUAAUUCCUUUUUCACACCCAGACAUCCUCUUCUAGUUUUAACGUGCAAAGUGUGAAAGCAGUUUGCAGGAAAGAUGCCUACUCACUUGUGUUUUUUCCCCUCAAGUGGCUGUUAUGGUGCCAAGAUUCUAGUCUAUCCCCUGGAAAGAAAGUUGUCCCAUGACAAUCUGGAGACUGAAACUUUGUGAUCAAAAUCUUUUAUUUUACUGGUUUUUUUCUGUUGAUAUUGUACUCUCAUUAAUCCACCCUUAGGACUUCUUUAUCACAGUAUCAAUGAAGUUCUUUUCUUGUCACAUGUCCCACAUCAAUCAGCACUUUAUUGCUUCAGCCUUGGUCUGUGUUUCAGGCACUUUAGUUGUAGCUUAAGGGCAAAACAAGCUGCAAGAUUUCAGUCUGGUAAUACAGGGGAACAAGCCUUCUAGACUGCCCUGUCGCUGAACUUCAGUAUUUUGGAAAGGUGAGGUUUUUGUUUUAAUAGAGCAAUAAAUAACUUGUAGCAAGGUGCAUUAUCAUAUCAGGAAAUUUCUUUCAUUUGCCUUAGGCCAGACACCUUGGCCUGUUAGAAUGAACUGUGGAUAUCUGCACAUUCUCCUUUUUAGUAAAUCCAGGUUUCCUUUUUUUUCUCAAAGGAAAUAUGUGAGUAAAGCUAUAGCAAGACUUUGCCAUGCUUGUGGCACUUCCUUAAGAACUAUUUUAGGGCAUUAGUUAGCAAGGAUAUUCUUAGCUGAUGGAUAUCUUGUCUCUGUUACCCUCUUAUUCAUACUGCAUCUGUAUAUCACUAAAAUCUGUCAUAAGACAUUUCAGAUUUUUGCUUAAGUAUCUGUUCAUGUAAUAUUCAUUGAUAUGAAUUAAAUAUCUUCUCGCUUCAACAGGAGUGGAGUGUAAACAACACUUGUACACAUCAAAUAGAUACAUUAAAAGUUGAGGUGUUUAAGGCAAUGUUUAUCUUCAGUGGGUUACAACUUUAGAAGUGUUUCACUUUUCAUAAUAUACUGCAGGUGUAUCUUACACAGAUCUGCCUUGAAGAAACAACACUGCCCUUCCCAUGCUUCAUGUGUCCUUCCUCGAUCCAGCUUUACUGUACUGAGAUCAGUGUCAACUUCAGCUCUAGAGGAACAGAAAACUUCCUUGGUACCAAUGCCAUUGUUGAGGUGAAUAUUGACCCAACAUGUGAAUAUCUAGGAAAGAAAGGUCAGUGUAUGGCUGACCUCCCUUGACAGCAGAAUAUCUGCCUUCCUCAACUUGAGAGCCUAACCAAAAGCAAGGGUGCUCUGCCCAGCUCCCCAGGCAGCUGAAGCUCUGCCUUCCUUCCCAGGACACCAGCUGAGAGCUGGCUUGGUGCUGUCUGGGAAGGUUAAUGCUAAGGCAAAAAUAAGUGUUUUGCCUCUGCUUUUUGAUAAAGUCUUGCCAGUCCCUCUGAAAGUGGAACUUUGUCCUGGGAAGCUUAGCACAUGAGAUUGUUGAAGUGUGCACUUUUAGAUCAUUACAGUAUAGUCUGAUAUUGCAGUUCAAGAUUACAGCAUGAUGAAUCUGUCAUGUGCUCUGUGUAGCUUCAAACUGGGAUUAGAAAAAACAUUAGAGCUCUUCCCUGGGUAGUCAUGUGUAGUACACAGUCUUUCCUGUCACUGGAUGUAAGUAGCACUUGAACGUAAACACAAAGGACUCUCUUAGGCAGGUAGCAAGCUGUAGAACAGUUACUGUUUGAUGGUUAGGCUGGUCCAACCAUCACCUUUGUCAGCGUGUGGAGAGAUCUGAAGAUUGUAGGUGAGCAGCUGGGACUUGCUCUUACUGAAUAGGAGGAACUUUGCAGCUUCCACUGCAUCAAAUCUGACAGCAUUUUUAAUGGUCACUUGGUGAGGUUCUAAGUUCAAGGCUUUUUUAGAUGAGUCUGGCAGUGUUGGAGUUGCACUGUAAAGAUGGACAAUUUAACUUCCCUGCAGUCUUUUUCCUGAGUCUCUUUCUGCAGUUCCUGUUUAUGAAGAUAUAGGCUACAAAGGCAUUACAUUAAGCAAAUACGUGGAACUGUUAGCUCCAGUACUGAAUUCAGCCAAGAUACCUGUGUGUCAUCUGUCCUGGGUCUGUCACAAGUUCCUAGACCCCAGCCCUUUGACACGUGGUGCCUUGCCCCUUUUCUCCUCCUCCCUUGACAUCAGCAUAUCUAGAGACUUCAAUAAGAGCUCUGUCAGAGCUUUUUGGGGCUUUGCAUUUUACCAAAUGACUUUUCAGACACUAGGUAGUGGGACCCCUCUGCUGAUGUAUACUGUACAUGUGUGCUGACUUAAAGGACCUUUGUGGGCAGCCUGUAACUAGCUACAGUCUAUUUCUAGGCUUAAAAUAACAAUGUAUAUAAGCAGUGGAUCAUUUUCAGCUCUCUGCUCCUCCAGCACUAGGGAUUGAGUCAUAGAAGGAGGGUUUGUUUUGCUGAAUAUGUAAUUUGUUACCUUACAAUCCCAAAGUUUUUGUGUCUAUAAACUCUCCAGCAACAUACUUCGAGGUAUUGUCUAAGUGACAAAAAAAGAGUGAAGAGUAGCAACUACAGGACUGACUUGCCAAACAGUUUAGUCACUGGGAUUGCUUCCAAGUUUUUCUAGAAAUACUCCCUUCCAAGGCUUAUUGAAAUUCUUCACACCUGUUUCCAGGAGACCAGAAAAACCCUAGCCUUGAGUUGCUUGUGUGAGUAUUUGUUGUGAAAGGCAUCUUGUUUCUGGCUCAAGCCAAAAGCCAUUGCCCUUUUGAUGGGUCUGUUGGUUGGGUUGGUCCUGAAGCCACAGUGACUCAAAGCAGUGUCUCCUUCAUGGGGUUUUGGGUGAAAACAGCUCUUCUUGGAGUGAGGACUUCCUGAGUUUUUCCAUGGUUAGAAUGCCUCAGAGCAACACUGGCCCAAGGAAGGGGUGACUUGUAAGUGAACAAGUUUUAUUGCUGGGACUGUCUAUUACAAUGGGCUGAACUUUCUUGCUGUUGGGGCAUAUGAAGCAUAAGUGCUAUCAGUGAGUUAAAAGCAGUUGCCAGCUUUCCAUGUUGUGGGGAAAGAGUUUCUAGGGUUGCGUUUUUAACAUCUUAAGUUCUUGGGUUUGCUGGUUAUUCAACGGGCACAACUGUUGGAAUCCAGGGCAGCAUUUAUCAGGCUGGAUCUGCUGCUAUUGAACAGCCUUUUCCAAAUCUGACAGCACUACAAAAGCUCCAGCCCCACACUUCAAGUGAAUAAAGUCCAUGUCUUUCCUUCUCACCCAAUGGCCUUGCCUAACCCAGGUGGUUUUAAUGCCAGUAAGGAGCUCCAUCCCACAAGGUGUCUCUACACAAAGCCUCCUUGCUUCUGUCUGAAUGACAAGCUCACAUUGUCUCUGGUCAUGCAAGAGCUUUGAUUAGAUACAGAGCUUUCUUCUGGGAUGUCCACUAUAGCUCUACUAGCACAUUGACCAUUCUUGUAGUUCCUGACAAUUGAGUUGUUUUUUUUUUUUUUAAUUCUAACAAUAUCCUCCUGUAUUGGUAUAACCAAACCCUACUGCUUAGCCCAAUUCAGCAGCUUUUGAAAGGAGCAUAUAUUUCUCAUUUGCUGCUUGACAGCCUGCCCAUAAUUCAUAGCAACAGAUCACUAUAGGUUGUUCUUAAGAAAAUACAGCCCCUUUGCAAGGAGGGACCCUUUAUCUGAAAAUCCCAAGCUGAAGAGAGCUGUGUGGAGAGCUCGGGAAGAACAGACCUGUGUCCUUCUUGUUUUGUCCAUGCAGGUGUGUUAGAACAGGCCAAGUGACUUCAAAUGUUCUUGGUGAUCAGCUUCUAAAAAUAUUUUCAAAUUGGUAAAAUUAUACUCUGGAACAAUCUCUAAAUGCUGCCCUGAAAAAGCUUGUGUACUGAGACACCCUCCCUGCUUCCACAUUCUAAGUCAGAUUCUCUGGAGCUGACAGCUGCAGGGGAGGUGAUUUGCAACUAGCAAUGCAAUUUUUCUAUAUCUGCUGAUGUUUACCUUUAAAUAUAUAUAUGAAUAUAUAUGACAAUGUCUGAUUUUUUUCUUUAAUCUUUGUUCUUCUGUGUGGUGUAAAAUGGAGGUCAUUGCAAAACAAAAUGUAAUUUUGUUAUCUUUGAUUCAGUGAGAUUUCUUUAUUUAAAAAUAAAGGACUUCUUGAAGUCAGUG